CUGUCGAUUUGUUUAAGGAAACGCUUGCCUGUGAAGGUGAAUUGCUGGUUUUGUCAGCAAGACCAGCGAGUUCCGUAUGAACAGAGGAAUUCGUUCAUCUGUUUGAGUUGUGAGCAGUACAAUGGAUUUGAUGAGUCUGGAGGAUACAAUCGCAAAAUACCAGGCCAGCAUUGCUUCGGCGUUACAGCACCACCGAAAAGGUUCUGUACCCCGAUGAAAAAUAUUCAUGCACGACCAGAUGUUGUCCCCCGAGAGGGAUACUCGAGCAAUGGCUUGUGUGAAAAAUGCAAUCGCUCGCAGGAAAUAAUAAUGCGAAAGGUCGCGGACUUCGAGCCACUAAAUGAGGAUCGCUGGAGCGAGGAAUUAGAAAUGUAUCGUUAUAAGCUUAACAAAGUUUACCCAUUGUGUGCUAGAUGUACGUUCUUCACGCAAAAUCGGAUGCAAGAAGAGAAGGCUGUGCGACGGCGACGUCAUUUCUUUGCUGGUGGUCUCAUGGUUGAAGUGUUGCAUGCGCUGUCACUUGUGCUGGCUUUGUUAUUGUUCAUUUCUCAGUUCAAUUACCUCCAAGAGGAUGCUGGACUUGAGCUUUUUUGGCUCCCUAUGUUUCUUCAGAAAGCGCUUCCAACUGUGCUGGCUGUUGCUUAUCAUCUCGUUGGAGUUCUUUUCUGUGCACACAUGAUAACGAUUUGGACGAAUAGAUGUCGCAUUACAUUGCCGGACCUCAUGCUGCCAGUUAUUGCUGCCUUACAUCUGGCAUCUUUCCUAUUUCCUGACAAGGCGUAUCGUGAAGAUUUGGCGUUGUUUCGAUGUGCUUUUGCUUGCUUUGAAACUUUGUUGGCAACUGCAAUUACAUUCGUGCCACGUAAAAAGAUCCCGCGGACUAGGCCUAACAAAAAAUUUUCGAGUGUAUUCUCCGUUGUUUCUACGCCAUCAUCGCAAUGUUCUUCUCAAGCGGCGAGUCGCGAUAAUUCUCUGGUGCAUGGUAAGGACGAGCACACUGUAACUGAUGUCAAGAGAGCUGGUUCAUCUCCGAAGAGUACAGCUGUGCGACAGCGCCUGAAAUGGCGCGAGCGUCAGCAAACGCCGGAGCCGGCAACUGCAAGCCCAGCUAAGAAGACUGGAUAUGAAUAUGAGGACAUGGACUGGGAACCGUCUCUAGAUCGAGAAAUCACUUAUUCACGCGAUGUGCGUCCGUCAGCGAUGAUGGCCCGGAUGAUACGGGAGUCUACUCCGAACUUCCUUCGAUUCGUUCUCUCCGCCGCGAUGUAUCGCCUUCACGCUCCGUUUUCACUUCCGUAUCGCAGCGACAAGAAGAAUAUCCAAAUCGCUGGGUAA